GCCGUGCUUGACCCGCGGCCUCUCCGCUUCGACUCCUCGUAGGCGAUGCCGAGGCCGAGGCCGUGACUGACACUCCCGCUCACACGCACGCACGGACCCAGACCCACGCCCGGAGCCCGAGCCCUGGGCCCGGAACCGCUCUCGCCCCCGGCGCCGCGGCCAGAGCCCGAGCCACGGCUCCCGCGCCGCCGCCGCCUCCUCGCCGAGAAGGACCGCGCCGGACCUCGAGCGCGGCGGCCCGCGGCGGGCAGGGAUGGGGAAGCGGGCGGGAGGAGGAGCAGCAGGAGCCGCCGCCGCCUCCACGUCUGCCGGCGCCGGUCUGGAGCCCGCGGCCGGCCGCGGUGGGGGCCCGCGGAGCGCGGCCGCCGGCCUCCUGGGAGCGCUGCACCUGGUGAUGACCCUCGUCGUGGCCGCGGCGCGGGCCGAGAAGGAAGCAUUUAUUCAGUCGGAGAGCAUAAUAGAAGUACUGCGUUUUGAUGAUGGAGGGCUUCUACAGCCUGAGACAACACUUGGACUCAGUUCAUAUCAACAGAAAAGUAUAUCUCUGUACCGGGGUAAUUGCAGACCUAUACGAUUUGAGCCACCAAUGCUGGAUUUCCAUGAACAACCAGUUGGAAUGCCAAAAAUGGAAAAAGUUUACUUACAUAAUCCUAGUUCUGAAGAAACUAUUACUUUAGUAUCAAUAUCUGCUACAACAUCACAUUUUCAUGCAUCAUUUUUUCAAAAUAGGAAAAUUCUUCCAGGAGGAAAUACAUCAUUUGAUGUAGUUUUUCUUGCAAGAGUAGUGGGAAAUGUAGAAAAUACUUUAUUUAUUAACACAUCUAAUCAUGGGGUAUUCACCUACCAGGUAUUUGGUGUUGGAGUUCCAAAUCCAUACCGAUUGAGGCCAUUCCUUGGGGCCAGAGUCCCUGUGAAUAGCAGUUUUUCACCUAUAAUAAAUAUACACAACCCUCACAGUGAGCCUUUACAGGUUGUGGAGAUGUACUCCAGUGGAGGAGAUCUGCACCUGGAACUUCCCACGGGUCAGCAGGGAGGCACCAGGAAGCUGUGGGAAAUUCCUCCUUAUGAGACCAAGGGAGUGAUGAGAGCCAGUUUUUCAUCCAGAGAAGCAGAUAAUCACACUGCCUUCAUAAGAAUAAAAACUAACGCUUCAGACAGCACGGAGUUCAUCAUUCUUCCCGUUGAGGUGGAAGUUACAACAGCUCCUGGAAUUUAUUCCUCAACUGAAAUGUUAGAUUUUGGUACGCUGCGAACACAAGAUCUACCAAAAGUUUUAAAUCUUCAUUUAUUAAAUUCAGGAACAAAAGAUGUACCAAUAACAAGUGUUCGACCUACACCACAAAAUGAUGCUAUAACAGUACACUUUAAACCAAUUACCUUAAAAGCUUCAGAAAGUAAAUACACCAAGGUCGCAAGUAUUAGUUUUGAUGCAUCAAAAGCGAAAAAACCAUCUCAGUUUUCUGGGAAGAUAACUGUUAAAGCAAAAGAAAAGAGUUAUUCUAAACUUGAAAUACCAUAUCAAGCAGAGGUUUUAGAUGGUUAUUUGGGAUUUGAUCACGCUGCAACAUUAUUUCACAUCCGAGACAGCCCUGCUGAUCCUGUGGAAAGGCCAAUUUCCCUUACUAACACUUUCAGUUUUGCGAUCCUCAUUCAUGAUGUGUUACUACCAGAAGAAGCCAAAACAAUGUUUAAAGUUCACAACUUCAGCAAACCAGUCUUAAUUCUUCCAAAUGAAUCAGGAUAUAUUUUUACUCUGUUUUUUAUGCCAUCCACGUCAUCCAUGCACAUAGAUAAUAAUAUCUUACUUAUUACCAAUGCUUCUAAGUUUCAUUUACCUGUGCGGGUAUAUACAGGCUUUUUAGAUUACUUUGUAUUACCCCCCAAAAUAGAAGAACGUUUCAUAGAUUUCGGCAUUCUGAGUGCUACAGAAGCAAGUAAUAUUUUAUUUGCAAUUAUAAACAGCAAUCCAAUAGAGUUGGCUAUAAAAAGUUGGCACAUCAUAGGAGAUGGUUUAUCAAUAGAGCUCGUAGCCACUGAAAGAGGCAACAGAACUACAAUAAUCUCCAGGCUUCCAGAGUUAGAAAAGUCCUCUUUAUCAGACCAGUCCUCAGUAAUAUUAGCUUCAGGCUAUUUUGCAGUGUUCAGAGUCAAACUUACUGCAAAAAAACUAGAAGGGAUUCAUGACGGAGCCAUACAGAUCACAACAGACUACGAGAUCCUAACGAUUCCCGUGAAGGCUGUGAUCGCAGUGGGCUCUCUGACUUGCUUCCCGAAGCAUAUGGUUCUUCCACCUUCCUUUCCAGGGAAGAUAGUUCAUCAAAGUUUAAAUAUUAUGAAUUCCUUCUCACAGAAGGUAAAGAUACAACAAAUACGAUCUUUGUCAGAAGAUGUACGAUUUUACUACAAACGAUUACGGGGCAAUAAGGAAGACUUGGAACCAGGAAAAAAAUCAAAGAUUGCAAACAUUUAUUUUGAUCCUGGACUGCAGUGUGGAGAUCACUGCUAUGUUGGCUUGCCUUUUCUGUCCAAAUCUGAACCCAAAGUGCAGCCUGGGGUAGCCAUGCAGGAAGACACGUGGGAUGCUGACUGGGAUCUGCAUCAAAGCCUGUUCAAAGGAUGGGCAGGAAUAAAGGAAAAUUCAGGUCACAGACUGAGCGCUCUAUUUGAAGUAAACACAGACCUUCAAAAAAACAUACUCUCCAAAAUCACCGCCGAGCUCUCCUGGCCGUCCGUACUCAGCUCCCCCCGGCACGUGAGGUUCCCGCUCACCAACACCAACUGCUCCUCAGAAGAAGAGAUUACUUUAGAAAAUCCUGCCGACGUCCCCAUCUACGUUCAGUUUAUUCCUCUGGCUUUGUAUUCCAACCCUUCUGUCUUUGUUGAUAAGUUAAUAUCAAGGUUUAACUUGAGUAAAGUGGCAAAGAUAGAUUUAAGAACACUAGAAUUCCAAGUCUUCAGAAACGGUGCUCAUCCACUGCAGAGUUCCACGGGAUUUACAGAGGGCCUCUCCCGAAAUUUAAUUUUAAACCUAAUUUUAAAACCCGGAGAAAAGAAGUCCGUCAAAGUAAAGUUUACUCCAGUUCACAACAGAACUGUUUCUUCCCUAAUCAUAAUCAGAAAUAACCUGACUGUGAUGGAUGCUGUGAUGGUCCAGGGACAAGGAACAACCGAGAACUUGAGGGUGGCAGGCAAGCUUCCGGGUCUAGGGAGUUCCUUACGCUUUAAAAUCACAGAAGCAUUAUUAAAAGACUGUACAGAUAGUUUGAAACUAAGAGAACCAAAUUUCACAUUGAAAAGAACAUUUAAAGUAGAGAACACAGGACAACUUCAAAUUCACAUAGAAACCAUUGAAGUCAGUGGGUACUCGUGCGAGGGCUAUGGCUUCAAAGUUGUUAAUUGUCAAGAGUUUACACUAAGCGCCAAUGCCUCUAAAGACAUCAUCAUACUGUUUACUCCUGACUUCACAGCUUCUAGAGUUAUCCGUGAACUGAAGUUUAUCACGACCAGCGGCUCUGAGUUUGUGUUUGUGCUGAACGCGUCCCUUCCGUACCACAUGCUGGCCGCCUGUGCGGAGGCCCUACCCAGGCCCAACUGGGAGCUGGCUCUCUACAUCAUCAUCUCAGGGAUAAUGAGUGCACUGUUUCUUUUGGUAAUUGGAACAGCCUAUUUAGAAGCUCAAGGAAUUUGGGAGCCAUUUCGAAGGCGAUUAUCCUUCGAGGCCUCGAACCCGCCCUUUGAUGUGGGAAGACCGUUUGAUCUCAGGAGAAUCGUUGGUAUUUCAUCUGAAGGAAACUUGAACACACUCAGCUGUGACCCCGGUCACGGCAGGGGUUUCUGUGGUGCAGGAGGCACUGCUUCCCGACCUGGUGCAGGGAGUCACAAGCAGUGUGGCCCGUCCGUCCACCCACACAGCGGCCACAACAAUAGAAACUCAGCUGACGUGGAAAACGUCAGAGCCAAAAACAGCACAAGCACCUCUAACAGGACUAACGCCCAGUCGGCCAGCAAAGCCAGCCCCCUCGUCCUAGAUUCAAAUGCAGUGGCCCAGGGGCACGCGGCCGGCAGGAAGUCCAGAGGGGCCAGGCAGAGCCAGCACAGCAGCCAGCACCAUGGCCACAGCGCGCUGGAGCAGCAGUCCCCACCGCCGCCGCCACCGGGGCCUCCACACCAGGACCCCCAGCCUGAGAGACUGUCGCCUGCACCCCUCGCGCACCCUCCCCACCCAGAACACGCCAGCAGCACGAGGCACAGCUCCGAGGACUCGGACAUCACCAGUCUCAUAGAAGCCAUGGACAAAGACUUCGACCACCACGAUUCCCCGCCCCUCGAAGUGUUUACAGAGCAGCCGCCAUCGCCACUGUCAAAAAGCAAAGGGAAAGGAAAGCCUCUUCAGCGCAAGGUUAAAGCUCCUAAUAAGAAGCAGGAGGAGAAGGAGAAGAAGGGAAAGGGCAAAGCCCCGGAAGACGAGCUGAAGGACUCCUUGGCUGACGACGACAGCUCCUCCACCACCACGGAGACCUCCAACCCCGACACGGAGCCGCUCCUCAAGGAGGAUACAGAAAAGCAAAAGGGAAAACAAGCCAUGACUGAAAAACAUGAAAACGAAAUGUCUCAAGUGAAACAAAAAAGCAAAAAACUCCUAAAUGUUAAGAAAGAAAUCCCAACAGAUGUGAAACCCAGUUCCUUAGAGCUACCAUGUUCCGCCCCCUUGGAAAGUAAACAACGUAGAACCCUCCCAACCAAGAUUCCUCUUCCAACGACAUUGGCAAGUGGAUCCAAACCACGAAACUCCCAGAAAACAAAAGGUACAAAUAAAUUAGUGGAUAACAGGCCACCUGCCCUAACGAAAUUCCUCCCAAAUAGUCAAGAACUAGGCAACACCAGUAGCUCAGAAGGUGAAAAAGACUCUCCACCACCAGAGUGGGACUCCGUGCCCGUUCACAAGCCCGGCAGCUCUACCGAUAGUCUUUAUAAACUUUCUCUGCAAACGCUCAACGCAGACAUCUUCCUGAAACAGCGCCAGACCUCGCCGCCGCCCGCCUCCCCGUCUCCGCCCGCCUGUAACAGUGCCCUCAGUGGUGAUAGUCAGGGACUGAGCUCGCCUCAAGUGCCUGCACCGUUCCCACACCGGGCAGCUGUCACCAUGUUGCGUCCCCCCAGCCAGCCGGUGACCCUAAAAAUGAAGCAGCCGAGUGGAAGCAAACACAAACUGACAAAGGCAGCCUCGCUCCCCGGCAAGAACGGCAACCCCACCUUUGCUGCGGUCACGGCCGGCUACGACAAGAGCCCGGGUGGGAAUGGCUUUGCCAAAGUUUCUUCAAGCAAAACAGAUUUUUCCAGCAGCCUUGGCAUUUCACACACUCCCGUUGACAGCGAUGGCUCAGACAGCCCGGGCUUCUGGAGUCCCGUCAGCAACCCCAGCAGCCCUGACUUCACACCCCUCAAUUCAUUCUCGGCCUUUGGAAAUUCUUUUAACCUAACUGGUGAAGUUUUCAGCAAGCUCGGGUUGUCUCGAUCCUGCAAUCAGGCCUCCCAGAGGAGCUGGAACGAGCUUAGCAGUGGGCCCUCGUACCUUUGGGACUCUCCAGCCACAGACCCCAGCCCUUCCUGGCCAACCAGUUCCGGUUCCCCGACCCACACGGCCACAUCCAUCCUUGGCAACACCAGCGGCCUGUGGUCCACCACGCCCUUCAGCAGCUCCAUCUGGUCCAGCAACCUGAACAGCACCCUUCCCUUCCCCAGCCCGGCCACCUCGCUGACCAGCAUCGGCCUCCCGGGCCCCGACAGCCCCUCUGCCCCGCACGCAGCCGCCGUCCCCGGCGCCGCCGCCGACCUGGGGCAGACCUACAACCCGUGGCGGAUCUGGGGCCCCACCAUCGGAAGAAGAAGCUCCGACCCUUGGUCAAAUUCGCACUUCCCUCAUGAGAAUUGAAAUUAGGCCAAAAAAAAAAAGUGGGGGCCCCUUGUCUAGAUCAUGAUACGCCAGUUUCUGAGACAUCUUUUUAAGGCUCUUGCCGCCGUAGACGCCCACUCCCCCCCUCAUCUUUGCAGAACAGACUCCAGCAGGGCAGGCUUGCACCACUCGCUUCUUUCAGAUCUUUCUUGCAAUUAUGAUAAUAUGAGAUUUGCUGUUGUGCUUUUAGAGGAAAGUCUGGACUCAGCCACAAACUCCAGUAAGACCUGUACAUCUGAAAACCUUAACUGUUACCAAGUUUCCACCACCUGUCUUCUUCCAUUCUUUCUUUAUCUGUAUGAACACAAAUUUGACAUUACAGCUAAGGAAGUAACUUGAGUUGAUUCAGAAGUCCUGGCAUGUGACAGUUUUAUUAAAUUACCAAGUUUGAGUUUUAAUAAUUUCACAAUAUUAAGCGCCAAGAUCUAAUUUUAAAAAUGUAUGAGGACUUUGUGCUGAAAAAUACAGAGUAUUUUUUUAAAAUAAGGCUGUCUUGGUUUAAAAGCAGAUUACAGAAAUGUAAGUCAACUUUAAGAACAGUGAAUGAAUGUGCAAACAUUCGGUUGAGACCACAUGCAUUUUCUGUGCUGUUUGUAUUUGAGGUAUGUAUCAUUUGUAUACCUGAAUUUAUUUUAAAGAUAAACUGAAAUGCACAUAACCAAGUCUUGAGAUACAAGAUUGAAUGUGUAUUUCUUAAAAAUACAACUUUGUGUUGUACUUUGAAAUAAAUGAUGCUUUUUUCAAAAGCC